CUGCCGGGGCGGGGACUCCCGGGGAGGCGGAGCAGCUGCAGCCGCGGCGCGGAGGGGACAGCGGCGGCAGCAUGUUCGGGGUGAUCAGGAACUCCCUGUUCGGGUCGGUGGAGGGGUGGCCCUGCCAGGUGCUGAGCAGAGGGGAGAAGGAAGAGGUAACCUAUGAAGAAAGGACAUGCGAAGGUGGGAAAUUUGCUACAGUGGAGGUAGCUGGGAAACAAUUUGAUGAGGCCUCCAAGGAAGCGGUGCUCAAGCUUCUGAAAUACGUGGGAGGAACCAAUGAUAAGGGGGUUGGGAUGGGCAUGACUGCGCCAGUUUCCAUCACUGCCUUUCCUGAUGAGGACGGCUCCUUACAGCAGAAAGUGAAGGUCUCACUCCGGAUUCCGAGCCAAUAUCAGGACAACCCUCCCCGUCCUGGUGAUGAGAGCAUUCAGAUUGAAGAGCGAGAAGGAAUGACCAUUUAUUCCACGCAGUUUGGUGGUUAUGCCAAGGAAGAGGAUUAUGUGAAUUACGCCGCCAAGCUGCGCUCUGCCCUGGGGAGCGAGGCAGCCUACCGCAAGGACUUCUACUUGUGUAAUGGCUACGACCCCCCCAUGAAACCGUACUGGCGACGCAACGAAGUCUGGUUUGUGAAGGAGUGAGCCACUGGCUUACAAAGGUGUAUGGUGUUACAGUUCUCAGCUCUCUAUCCCAGACUCAACUGCAAAGAAUUAAUUGGAAGCUAAUUUUAUUACUUCAUGGAUCUUGCUGUGCAGCCAAAAACAUUUAGAAACCUGAAACUAUCUCUCUAUGAAAUGUGAAGAAGCUGCAUGAAGCAAUUUGGUCUAAUUAAAAAAUAUCGCCAACAUUUAUUCUCUUCAUCGUCACCAACAAAAUCCCACUCUUCAGAAGCAAAUACUUUUUCUUGAUUAACAGAGAUAAAGGAAUCUGCAGAUAUUUUA